AUGAGCAACCGCGUCGGAAACUUUUUCUUAGGACAAUCGAUCUCCCUCUCCAUUGCCUGCACCAGCAUUUUUACUCAAUACCUGGCGAAUCGCAAUGUUUACCUUUCUUUUACCCAAAGCUGCGGUACUUACAUUCUGCUCGCUUUCUUCCUCCUUUCUCGGUGCUUUGGAAAGAAAGAGGUCGGCUUUAAGACCGCUUGGUGGAAAUACCUGAUCGUUUCCAUUAUUGACGCGACAGCUAACUGCCUCAUUGUAAAGGCCUACGAGUACACGACCAUUCUCAGCAUCAUGCUGUGCGAUGCUAUGUGUAUUCCAGCCACAGUGGUGAUUUCGCUCAUCUUCCUCCAUUCCAAAUUCUCUCUUCGCCACUACCUCGCCGUCCUGCUCUGCCUCAUCGGCCUCGCAGUCAUGAUCAUCCACGACGCGAAGAACUCUUCGGGCACCCAUCGCGUGAUCGGCGAUCUGAUGGCUCUGAGCAGCGCCGUGCUCUACGCAGUGAGCAACGUCUGCCAAGAAGUCCUCGUCAAGCACAACGACUGGAAAGAAUUCCUCGGAAUGCUCGGUCUGGGCGGCACCGUUUUCUCCCUUCUCUUCAUCGUCCUCUUUGAGCGGAACUCGCUGAUCGCCGUUCCCUGGGACGGCGUGUCGGUCGCGCUCCUCGCGGGAUACGUCGUUUGUCUCUUCGCGAUGUACGUGAUAACCGCGGUGUUCAUGGAGAAGAACGACGCGGUGGUGUUCAAUAUGCACUUGCUGACUUCGGAUGUAAUCGCAUCGGUGCUGACCUUCUUCCUCUUCGAUGAUCCGCCUACGCUGGUGUACUUCAUCGCGCUGGCGAUCACGAUCGUCGGAGUGGUGGUCUACAACUGGGAAUUGCCGGAGAACGAUCUGUCGAAACGUGGGGAUUUUUGGAAUUCCGUUAUUUGUAGCGAUUAUGAAGCCGCAGGAGGAAAACCAGGAAACUCCGGCCAAGAUGGUCUAACAAGAAACUGGGUUUCUUUGUCCUGA